CGUAAUUUUGUUCAUCUUUGGUCCCAAUCUCCGGUGUCCUCACGGUCCCAUCCUCUGCUCUGCUGCUACGUCCGUCGAAUUAGGGUUUUCUACAGUUUACCCCAAAUCGAUAGGUUCGAUCUGCUCAAUCCUCUCUCGGGUCUCGGCGCCCAUUCCUCUCCGUUCAAGACUUCACAUUUCAGUCACAUCGGAUUGCCAAUCGAGAGCUCCGUCCUGUGGCUUGGGAUUAGGGUUUUUGUUUCAGUCCGGUUUUUCCCUAUCGAGAGUGUGCAGCGACGAUGCCGAGGAGCUCCCGGCACAAAUCGAGCAAGCACAGUUCCAGGGACGCGAGGGAUUUCUCGGACUCGGAUGACGAGUCGGGGUCGAGGGAUCGGAGGGGCGGGGGAGAGGACGGUGGCGCUAGGGUCUCGAAGGAUUCUGGCUUCAGCGAGAAGCGCAGGGUCGAGUCCAGGGACAGUAAGGACGUGUACGGCUCCGGAAACGGGGAGUCUGUCGAGGACCACGGCUCCUCGAAGCGGCGGAAGGAGAAGCUCAGUGACGGAGUCAGUGACCGAUGGAAUGGUGGCGAUGACGAGGGCUCCAAUAGGGCGAAAUCAUCGAGCGAGUCCAAGAGUAGGAGACGGGACGAUGAAGGUGAUGAUUCCAGGAGAAGCGGGAAAAGUGAGAGGCACAGAGAAUCGAGCCGAAAAGAGGGAAGAGAGAGCGAGAGGAAAGAGAGGGAAGGGAAGGCUGAGAAAAUGGACGAAAAGCAAGAAAUUGCAACUGAUUCAAGGGCAGCGGCAAUUUCUGAAACUGAGAAUAUUUCUGAGAGGCGAACUCGGAAGAGGAGGGAGAGUUUUGAUGAUGGAGGCAAGUAUCAGUACGAUAUUGAAGAUAACAAGGAUAGACAUGCAUAUUCUGGGGAUGAUGCUACCAGAGGGGGGAAGCAAAAGGAUGAAAAGUUGAGGGAUGAACGCCAUAGAGAUAAGUAUCGUGAUGAAGUGGAUAAAGAUUCCAAGAACCGAUAUGAGAAGCAGAAAGAUGAUUACACUGCUAAAGAUCGUAAUGGAAGCAGAUCUAGUGAGAAGUACUUGCGAGAUGAAAAAGAUAAUGCAGAAACUCGAUCAAAAAAAUCUAAGCCUCAUGACACUGAUCGCGACGUCGAGCCUAGUCGUGACCGUGAUCGUAAUAGGGACCGGGAGCGUGAUAGGGAUCGGGACAGGGACAGCGAUCGGGACAGGGAACGGGAUCAUGACCACGAUCCUGAUUGGGAUCGUGACCGUGAUGGAGAUCGGGAUCGGGAUCGAGAAUGGGUUCAAGACCGUGAAAGAGACCGUGCUUCUGUCCGUGAGAAAGAAAGAGAGCGUGACUGGGAACAUGGGAAGGAAAGAGAUCGUGAUCAGGAAAGGGAUCGUGACCAUGAUCGUGACAGAGACAGAGAUUAUGAUGACCGGAGUAUUAGGUACAAGGAUCACAGGGGAAAGAAAAGAUCUCCUGAUGAUCGUGAUGAUUAUUAUGAUAAAUUGAGAGAGAGUAAAGUUCGGACCUCCAACAUGGAGAAGAGAUCUUUGAGCAGCACCAGAGGUGAGGCAGAUGAUAGGGGUAGAUCUCAGCCACGUCAAGUCCAUCUCGAGAAUUUUCCGGCUAGUAGUAGAAGUAGAACCUCUCCAGCUUCUAGUUCGCAUGGUGGAAUAGAUGAAUGCAGGCAUGAUAAAGAAGAAGACCCUAAGUAUCGGGAUUCUUCGAAAGAAAUGAGGUCCAGGGCAAUCUCUCCUAGAGAAUCAGCUGGUUUCUCUGGACCUGCAGAUAGAGGCUCAAAAUAUUCACCUUUUGAUAAACACAACAAAUUGGAAGAUGGCCAUUUUGGGGAAUUUUCAGCUGAAAGGUCAUCAGGCUCCAAAGCAUCACCCAGGGGCUUGACUGAGAGGUCUCCCUCGUCGACCAGUCUUGAUCGCAGUAGGCACACCAGUCGACAGGGUGUCAGGCGGAAUCUCGAUUCUGAAGAAACUGGAAGGAGGAGCGGUGGUUCGAUUGAUGGAAGAGAUUACCCUGUUGCUGAAGGCAGACUGAGUCGGGAGAUGUCUAUGGGGAGACCUGCAGUAGAUGAGUCUUCUCAAGCAGAUUCAUCCUUUAACAGUAAAUCAGGUCCUGGCAAUUCUUGUCUGAUUCCUCCGCAACCUCCCAGGAGAAGCAAUGAUGCGAAUCUUGGAAGAGGGCAUGGAAACAACUGGAGAGGUGUCUCAAACUGGUCAUCCCCAUUGUCGAAUGGCUUCAUUCCUUUCCAGCAUGGCCCUCCUCAUGGGAACUUUCCAGCAAUGAUGCCUCAUUUUCCUGCCCCUCCUCUGUUCAGUGUUAGACCUCCGAUGGAUAUCAAUCAGUCAGGAUUACCUUAUCAUCUUGCUGAUGCUGACAGAUUUCCUGGGCAUCUGCGCCCCAUUGGAUGGCAGAAUAUGAUUGAUGCUUCGGGUCAUCCUCGGUUUCAUGGGUGGGAGGGAACUGGUGGUCUCAUGAGAGAGGACCCUCACCUAUUCCAAGGUCCGGAUUGGGAGCAGAAUAGGCACCUAAUGAAUAUUCGAGGAUGGGAGACCAACUCAGAUCUGUGGAAGGGACAGAAUGGUGACUUGAGUGCAGACUUACCCUCAGCUUCAAAAAAGGAGGAGCAUCCCGUUCAGCUUCCAGCAGAUGAUAUCGACCCAAAGGGUCAUGGGUUUACUGGUGGUGAUAGCCAUCACCCAAAAAAGGUUCAGAGUAGGAUUUCAGGAGCGGAGCAGGAGGUUCCUUCUUUGGAGAGAGAAAUCGUCAAGUCACUGGCUCCGAAAACAGAGAUUGAUGUAGGGACUGAUUCUUCCAAGUCAACAGAAGUUGAUACCUUUGCUCAGUUGUCCUGUGCCUAUCUUUCCAAGCUCGACCUUUCAGCUGAGCUUGCUGAUCCCGAGCUGUAUAAGCGAUGUCUGACCUUGCUGGGUGGGGAACAAGCUUCUACUGGCGAUGACAACCCUGGUGUGCACACAAAUUUUGAGGGCCAUGGAAAAGUCAUCAAAGUAAUCUCGGACGGCUCGUUGAGGGUUUCUGUAUUCCCUGCUAUAGAUGAUUCUGUUUUCCAGAAAGCGAUCAACCAUUACAGAAAGCAGAGGCUUGAACCUUGGAGCAGUGUUCCCCUGGUUAAUUUGGGAUCCCUCGGCAAGGACUCUUCAAUUAAUGGAGAAAAAGUAGACGAACAAGAUCAUGUUAUGAGCGGGCAGAAAAAAGAUGAGGUGUCGCAAGAUGUUGAUGGGGAAGUGCCUGACUUGCCCAUCAUGGCCGAUGAGAUGAAAGUGGAGACACUCAUAGCAAGUUCUCCUGCUGAGCGGAAAACCGAGGAGUGUCCGAUGAUUUGCAGCGAUAAGGAGUGUCUAGUGAUUCCUGGCGAUAGGGAGGAGGUCCCGCCUUCUACUGAUGCUCACUUUCAGAAUGAAUCUGAAGGACCGGUUGAUGGUGCUGUACAGUUGGUGGGUGAUGAUGAAGUUCUCAUCGAUGCCCGAGCUGAUUCUGGUAAUACUGCAGUAAGUCCUCCUUUAGUUGUUGAUGAUGGUUCUUGUGAUGAGGGCCUCCAGGAGGCAGUGAUGCCUAAUGAGUCUAAGAUGGCAAAUUUAAGUCGGAUACAUCAAUCUCCUGAAAGUACACAUUAAGACACUAUCAAUACCCUUUUUGCUUUUCUGAGCUUCUGUUCAGUAUGUCUUGUUUCUCGUCUUCGAGUUAAUUUCGACCGUCCAGUCAUGUCUUUGUGUCGAGGUAAUAAAAUGAAAAAAAGAAGGAAAAAAAAGAGAAGAAAUCCAGGUCUCUCUUGUCUCUCUUUCUA